AUGUCCAGCAAUUUCGACUUUACAGACAAAACUCAACAAACACUUGCAGAAGCGAUCCAACUAGCAAAGGAUUACGCCAAUGCACAAGUCCACCCUGCCCAUCUAGCCUUCGUCCUCAUCAAUGAGGCAUCAGCCGAGCCUUCUGUUCAAGGGGGAGCACCUCCGUCCUCCAACGCUUCGCUCUUCUCUUCCGUCAUAUCUAGAGCAGGCGGUGACCCAACAGCCGUCAAGCGAUCUAUUCAGAAGCUUAUCGUUCGAUUGCCUGCGCAAAGCCCACCUCCAGAGGAAACCAACCUCAGCUCCGCCGCGCUGAAGGUUCUACGCGAAGCACAGAACCUCCAGAAAACUAUGCACGACUCUUAUAUUGCGCAAGAUCACCUUCUUCUAGCCCUUCUCAAGGACCCAUCCAUAGCUGGCGUUCUCAAAGAGAACAGCCUCAAUGAAGCAACCCUCAAGACAGCCAUAGAACAAGCACGCGGGAACCGUAGAAUCGAAUCAAAAACGGCAGAGCAAGGUUUCGAUGCGCUCCAGAAGUACGCUGUAGAUCUUACAGCUCUUGCGGAGGAGGGAAAAAUUGACCCUGUUAUCGGGCGUGAUAACGAGAUUCGACGCGCAAUCCGCAUCUUAUGCAGAAGGACCAAGAACAAUCCCGUCCUUAUUGGCGAGCCUGGUGUUGGAAAAACGGCCAUUGCUGAAGGCCUUGCACAGCGAAUCGUCAAGCGCGACGUGCCUGCCAGCCUUAUCGCCCGCCUUUUCUCUCUCGAUAUGGGUGCACUCAUGGCAGGCGCAAAAUACAAAGGUGAAUACGAGGAACGUAUCAAGGCCGUUCUCAACGAGGUCGAGAAGGCUGCCGAAGAUGGAGGUCCUGGCAUCAUUCUCUUCAUAGAUGAACUGCAUCUUAUAAUGGCCGGACGAGGGGCAGAAGGCGGAGGCAUGGAUGCCGGUAAUCUGUUCAAGCCAUUGCUAGCCCGAGGCAAGCUUCGGUGCAUCGGUGCAACGACUCUAUCAGAGUAUCGGAAAUACAUCGAAACAGAUCCUGCUCUAGAGCGACGUUUCGCUCAAGUUAUCGUCAACGAACCUACCGUCCCGGAGACCAUUAGUAUCCUUCGAGGCAUACGCGAAAAGUACGAGGUCCACCACGGUGUGCGCAUUCAUGAUGGUGCUUUGAUCGCCGCCGCGACUUUGGCGCAUCGAUAUCUCACGUCGAGGAGGCUCCCUGAUUCAGCAAUCGAUUUGGUCGAUGAGGCUUGCGCAAGUGUGCGUGUAACACGAGAAACCGAGCCGGAAGAGAUCGAUAAACUUCAACGAAGGAAACUUGAACUAGAGGUCGAAAUUCAUGCUCUGGAGCGAGAGAAAGAUGCAGCUAGCAAGGAACGAUUGCAACUAGCGCAUAAAGCGAUUUCCGAGGUCGAAGAACAGUUGCGACCCCUCAAGGCUGCGUAUGAUAACGAGAAGGAACGAGGCGAUGAGAUUACCGGCGUCAGGCGAAAAAUCGACGAGCUUAAAGCAAAGGCAGAAGAAGCUGAGCGAAGAUAUGACCUUACGACUGCAUCCGAUCUUCGGUACUUUGCGCUUCCAGAUCUACAAACUCGCCUUGAACAGCUCGAGGCAAAGAAGAAAGCCGAGGAUGCCGCAGCGGGUACCGACAACGAUACCGUUACCGCAGAACAAAUUGCAGAAAUUGUAGCGAAAUGGACCAAUAUCCCCGUUACACGCUUGGUUACAACAGAGAAGGAGAAGCUUUUGCGGCUUGAAAAAGUGAUGUCGGAGAGCGUCGUUGGACAAUACGACGCGGUGAAGGCGGUCGCGAAUGCCAUUAGGCUCUCAAGGAGCGGCCUCUCCAACCCUAAUCGCCCUGUUGCUAGUUUCUUGAUGGCGGGGCCAUCGGGUACAGGCAAGACUCUGCUGGCGAAGACGCUUGCGACAGUCCUCUUUGAUUCGCCUGACACCAUGAUACGCAUCGAUGCCUCAGAGUACUCGGAGAAGCAUUCCAUUUCGCGGUUGAUCGGUUCACCUCCUGGAUACGUUGGCUACGAUGCAGGAGGUCAAUUAACGGAAUACAUUCGUCGAAAGCCAUACUCGAUCAUCCUCAUUGACGAAAUCGAGAAGGCUUGCCGGGAAUUUGUGACUUUGUUCCUGCAGGUAUUGGAUGACGGCCGCCUGACAGAUGGGCAAGGUCGAGUAGUGGACAUGCGAAACACAGUCAUCAUCAUGACUUCGAAUUUGGGUGCCGCUUACCUCAAUGACAUGGGAGAUGGUCCUGUCAGGCCCGAAACGCGAACCCUUGUUCUGGGUGCUAUCCAGGCUCAUUUCCCCCCAGAGUUCGUUAACCGGAUUGAUGACAUCGUAAUCUUCCGAUCACUUUCACGGAAGGACAUUCUCAAGAUCGUCGACAUUCGCCUCAAAGAGGUUGAAGAACGCCUUGCAGACAGGAAGAUCAAGCUCGACCUCGACUCUGAGAGCAAGAAUUACCUCCUGUCCGUGGGGUAUUCGACGGUCUAUGGGGCGCGACCCCUCAAUCGUGCAAUCCAAAGCGAGUUGCUAAACCCCCUCUCUGUGAUGAUUUUAUCGGGGCGGGUGCUCGACGGUGAGGUCGUCCGCGUUAGAUUCGAUGGGCCACACAACCGCCUCCGCAUCAUACCCAAUCACGAAGGAGUUGCCUCAGAUGAAUGGAUGGAUGUGGAUGCCAAUGAAGAUGAUGAUAUUGAAAUCGAGGAGAUGGAUUGA